UGAGAAGCUGCUUUCAGACCUUGUCCUGAUGUACUCAUUUCUGUUUCAAGGAUCAGAGGUGAAUCCGUUUGCUACUAAAAGAACAUUUCCCUCCCAAUCUCCCUCGGACCUGCUCAUGCUCCUGUGGGCAUCACUGCUGGUAAUCGCUCCAGUCUGUGGACGAUCUGAUGAACUCAUUCUACAGACUCCAAGUCCUGUGUUUGAAGGAGACUUGCUGGUUCUAAGAUGCCUGGAAAAGGAGGGAGCAAAACUUACUGAAGUGACAUUUUAUAAGAAUGGAAUAGUUCUUCCUCGGCUUGAAAAAGACUCAGAUUUCUCUAUCCUGAGAGUAACUUUAAGUGAUAGUGGCCAGUAUCACUGCAGGGCAAAGAAGUCAUCAUAUUUUUUCCUUACAACAGAAAUAGAAGCACAAAGAGUAACAAUCCAAGUCCAAGAGUUGUUUUCACUUCCUGUACUGAGGAGAAUACCUUUCCAGCCCUCAGAAGGGAACCCCAUGACUCUGAGCUGUGAGACCCAUCUCCCUCCAGAGAAAGCACAUACCCAGCUGCAUUUCUACUUCUUCAGAGAUGGCAGAAUCAUCUCGUCCGGCCAGGAAAGAACCCCAAAACUCCAGCUCGCUGAAGUAUGGAAGGAAGACUCUGGGUCUUAUCUCUGUGAGGCAAAAGCAGUGACUUCCAGAGUCUCAAAAAGCAGUCAUCCAGUUAGGAUCGAAGUGAGGAGAAUCCCUGUUUCUGGAAUCCAUAUGGAGAUCCAGCCCCCUGGAGGGCAAGUGACAGAAGGGCAAAGGCUGGUCCUCCUCUGUUCAGUAGCUGGGGGCACAGGUAACAUCACAUUCUCUUGGCACAAGGAGGGCACUGAAACAGUCCUGAAGAAGAAAACUCAGAGGUUACUAAUGGCAAAACUUGAAAUAUUGGCCGUGAGAGAGAGCGAAGCUGGGAAAUACUACUGUGCAGCUGACAAUACCAACAGUCCACUACAUAGUAGACCAGUGAGCAUCUCUGUGAAAAUUCCAGUGUCUCCUCCCCUCCUCACCUUCAGCGUCCCUGAGACACAGAUGUUUGUGGGGAAGGUGGUGGAGCUUCGAUGUGAUGCCCAGAGAGGAUCAGCCCCAAUACUAUAUCAGUUUUAUCACAAGGCCAAAAUCAUGAAAAACAGCUCAGCCCCUUUUGGAGGGGCAGCAUCCUUCAACCUAUCCCUGACUGAACAACAUGCUGGGAAUUACUUCUGCAAGGCUGACAAUGGAAUAACUGUACAAUUCAGUAAGGUGCUGACACUCUCAGUGAAAGUCCCUACAAGGAAGCAAAAGGGCCUGCUUGCUGGAGGAGUCAGCUUGGGUCUGCUCGGAUUCCUAGGUCUCAUUGGUGUUGUCCUUCUGUCAUACUUCAGGACCCAGAGGAAAUCAGGACAAAGUUUUGCUCUUGGACCCUCCAGGAACCCUGCCAUCCCAAGAUUCCAAGAACACACCCAAGUGGAGUUAGACCCAACAUAUGUCAAUGAGCUAGGCCAGCAGUCUAGAACACACAGCCCAGUAUUUGCAGACCCAUUACUUACAGUGAAUCCUGUCAUCAGCGAUGUGGUGUAUUCUGAGGGCUGGAGGUUGCAGCAAAAACAAGAAGAUGCAGAUGACCACACAUUGAUGCGACCGCCCACCCAGGAUUUCUCUGUUGUGUACUCCAAAGUGAAGACUAUACAACCUCUGGAGGAGAGAGUCAGGAUGACUGAGGCUACGGAUGGGACAGAGAAAGACGACAUAGGCAACUAUGAGAAUGUCCAGCUUCAUUCCUGAGCCUGACAGCAUGUGCUCACUAGGGAAGCCAAGAGCUUCUCAUCACUCUGUACCGAUGUAGAAAUGAAAGGAAAGACAAUAGGGGAAGAAAACUUUUGGACUCCUGAGAAAUGAGGGGUCUAGUUAGAGGAGUUUUUCCUCCCAGGCCUCUACUAUCACCUAUACAACACAGAGACAGCACUGACCUUCCUUCUCUCCCUUUGAUGAAACAAGACAGGAAGGCCUACAGUCUUCUUUCUCCUUAUGUUUAUUUCACUUUAUUAGUUAUUACCAAAAAUAAUCAUUCACAUUUUUUUAGAACUUCAAGAUUUUACGAGGUACUCUCCUCAUAAUAGCCAUGAAUUAGGUUGUGCAUUCAUUGUUACCCCUAUAUUUCAGAGAGCUCAGAACUAGGAUUCAGGCCCAGAUCUCCAGGUACUAUUUUCUUUUUCUUCCCCGAUAAUAACUAGUAUUAAUAUAGUUCUUUAAGA